AUGCCCGCACUGCGCAGGCUGGCGACGUGGGUGUGGGUGUGGGUGUGGGUGUGGGAGGGGGAGGCUUCCACGCCUCCAAGCUUCCAAGGAUUGUCUUGUCUCUGCCGUUGCGGGGUCUGGCCCUUCGAUUCAUGGCCUUUACAAGGUUUCUGUCCUCGAUCAUCGUCCAUCCGCACCAACAAACAAGCCUGCCCCUUGUCCCUCGAGAGACUCCACACCGUCCAUACAGUCCACACCGUCCAUACAGUCCACACCAUCCAUACAGUCCACACGGCAGACUACCACCCAACACCCUCCGCUGCCUUGGCUGUCUUCAGCGAAUCCCGUCGGCCAGACAACGCCUUUUUGCGACUUCAGUCGUCCAUCUGUAUACCGAUUCGAACGUCAUUUUGCUCCGACACACCCCAUGCCUUAGUGCCAGUCUACAUCUACUCUACUCUACUCUACUCUGCUCGGAGCCUGCUCUCCCCUCCCUACAAUCGUACUCCAAAGCACCCAAGACUUCUCGGACUCGGCCUGCGCCUACGGGACACUACGGGACGCGCCUUGGUGGCUGACCCACCCACGUGUGUUCGUUCGGCCGGCCGGUCGUCUUCGACGGGCCUCUCCCGGUUGUCAGCAGACGGUGGGAACACCAGACAGUUCAUCGCGCAACGCUCCACCACAACGUCAUGUCCUGCAGAUGACUAUUCCCUAGGCUGCUGCCAGACUCGGAACUGCUCGUUGUGGCAGGUAGCCUCUCUCGUCUCCAUGGGCGCCCGAGGCCUUCCAGCCUUCUUUAGCCGCCGCGCAACGACUGCGCUGGCAAGGUUCACGCCCCAAUCCAUCAGCGAAGCCAGAUCCUCACUGCCGUGCUAG